AUGCGCCCAGAGGGGGGCCCCCUGAGGGGGCCCCCGCAGUUUUCUUCGGCCUUUUAUGCAGACGAGCCCGCCCUGCGCAGGAGCUCAGCCUGGGCCUCCUGGGGGCCCCCCGGGGGGCCCCAAAACUGGACCCAGGGGGGCCCCCCAGCCCCCUAUAGAGGGUACCAGGCAGCAGCAGAUGCAGACAGCGCAGGCACGUGGGCCCCAGCCACAGGGGGGCCCCUGGGGGCCCCCAGGACUUUCGGGGGCCUGGGGCCCCGGGGGGCCCCCGGCGGCGUUGCAGAAGCUGCGGGCUGGGAGGCAGGGCGAAGAGAGCAGAGCAGCAGCAGCAGCAGCAGCAGCAGCAGCAGCAGCAGCAAUGUGUUUUGUGCUGCUGCAGCAAACUAUGGAUCAAGCAGCCUAGACGGAAGCAGCAAGGAGCUUGGGCCCCUCAAGCUGGAGGCGCAGCAGGGACGGGGGCCCCUUGCAGCUGGGCGGCACCGUGCUUCGGGCAGCAGCAGCAGCAGCAGCAGCAGCAGCAGCAGCAGCAGCAGCUGGAGUUUGCCUGGACACAACACCAGCAGCAAGGAGGCUGCUGCUGCAGCACCCUCGAGUCGCCAGUCUGCUGCAGCUAGGCGUUUGGUGCGCAGCGCUUCCUGCAGCUGCUGCAGCGGCAGCCGCAGCAACAUUUUUGCCCAGCAGCAGCAGCAGCAGCAGCAGCAGCAGCAGCAGCAGCAGAUGGAGCCCGUGCUGCCCGUGAGGACCUGCCUGGGUGGGGGGGCCCCCGGGGGCCCCAGGGGCCCCCGGGGGCCCCGCCAGCUGCUGGGCAGCAGCACGGGGGGCCCCCCUUUGGGGCCCUCUGGGGGCCCCCGUGUGCAUGCGCUGCAGCGGAGCUUUUCUUUAGGGGACUGCAGCAUGGGAUGGAGGGGCAGCAGCUUUGGCAGCAGCACGAGUAUGUUUGCUGCAGCAGGGUCAGCAGCAACAGCAGCAGCAACUGCUGCUGCUGCUGCUGCUGCAGACGCAGAACGCAACAGCAACUUUCUCAAAAAAGAGCUGCUGCGCGUGAGGGCGCAGCAGGAAAAGAUUAGGGCGGAGAAGCGGGUUUUGCUGAAGGCGCAUGCAGAACGCCGUGCUGCUGCUGCUGCUGCUGCUGCUGCUGCUGCUGGGUCGAGACCUGCGGAGGCAGCAGCAGCAACCAAAAGGAGCCACCACAGAAAAGAACACGACUAUAAGCAGCACUGCCAGCAGCAGCAGCAGCAGCAGCAGCAGCAGCAGCAAAUGGAAUGGUCUGCCAGCUUCUCUAACGAGACAAGGGCCCCCGAGCGCAGGCGUGGCUUGAGGCGAGAGGGCCGCUCUUCUCCCCUGCAGCAGCAGCAGCAGCAGCAGCACGAGCAGCAGCAGCAGCAGCUGCUGCAGCAGCAGCCGGAGCAGCAGCAGCAGCUCCAUAAGCAAAAACCCGAUCUCCCUCAGUCUCCCUUCAGCAGCAGUGAAGAGCAGUCUGACGCUUCUUCAACGCCGACGCCAAAGCCAGGACCUGCUGCCUCUGCUGCUGCUGCUGCUGCUGCUGCUGCUGCUGCUGCUGCAGUGUCUGACGCCCCGCUCUCUCCCCCGACCUGCUCUUCAUCGGGAGAAAGCAGCGCCCAAACCUCCACUGGAGAGCGUCUCGCAGCUGCUGCAGCUGCUUCUGCUGCUGCAGCAGCAGCAGCAGCAGCAGCAGCAGCAGCAGCAGCAGCAGCAGCAGCAGCAGCAGCAGCAGCACCAGAUAAAACGAGAGAUCCUGCUGCUGAAUCAACGCAACAGCAGCAGCAGCAGCAACAACAGCAGCAGCAGCAGCAGCAGCAGCAGAACGAGGAGUCAACUUCAGACGCAGUUGUGGCGCAGCUGCGGCAGGCAGUGUCUGCGUGCAGCUGCACAGCAGCAGAGCGGCAGCAGCUGCAGCAGCUGCUGCAGCACCUCGAAAGAAUUCAGCAGCAGCAGCAGCAGCAGCAGCAGCAGCAGCAGCAGCAGCCCCCAGCCUGCGCAGAAGCAGGCGCACCACAGGCAGCAGAGUCCAACGAGGGGGCCCCCAGGGGCCCCCUGGACCCUGACGAGGAAGGGUACAGAAUGUGGGGGGCCCCCCCCCUGGAGGCUGACGGGGAAAAGACCCUGGGGGCCCCCUGGGGGCCCCCCAGGGCUCGCGCUGUUGCUGUUCAUGGGGCCCCUCGGCUGGGCGAGGGGCCCCCCUGGAAGGGGGCCCCCCCAGGGGGCCCCCCAGGGGCCCCUGCAGGGGCCCCUGCAGGGGCCCCUGCAGGGGCCCCCCAGGGGGCCCCUGGGGGCCCCCAGCAGGGGCCACUGGGGGGCCCCCCUGCUGAGGGGGCCUAUUUUGCUGCUCGCGAUUUAAGCGGAGCUGCUGCUGGCUGUCUUUGCUGCUCCGCUCCCAUGUGGCAGCAAGCAGCAGGAGAGCCAAGGAAGCCAGCAGCAGCAGCAGCAGCAGCAGCAGCAGCAGGCGUUGAGUGUCGCUGCUUUUUGAGGGAUCCAGCAGCAGCAGCUGCAGCAGCAGCAGCAUAUCCGCGCUGCUGCUACUGGCAGCAAAGCCUGCAAGCUGGUGAGGAUGCUGCUGCUGCUGCAGCGUGCUGCUGCAGUGCUGCUGCUGCCCUGAGCGACGGCCGCUGCACUGCAGCAGCGCCUAUCCUCAGCAGCAGCUGCAGCAGGCGCUGCUGCUGCUGCCUUGCUGCUCCCCUUUGCCUUGACCAGGGGCCCCACAGCCAGGGGCCCCCGGGGGCCCCCGGGGCUAAAAGCUGCGUUGACCACGAGAGGGUCUUUCCCUUUUGCCUCAGUAGGCACAGAAUAGAGCAGCAGCAGCAGCAGCAGCUGCAGCAGCAGCUGCAGCAACAGCUGCAGCAGCAGCAGCAGCAGCAGCCAAAUGCCUUCCAACCAAGAACCUGGGGCUGCCCACGCCCAGAGCCAGGGGCCCCGGGGCCCCUCUACCCUUACGGGCCCCGGGGGCUAGGCAGCUGGCACAGCAGCAACAGCAGCAGCAGCAACAACAGCAGCAGCAACCGCAGCAGCAACAGCAGGCGCUGCAGCCUCGGCCUAGACACGCUGCAGGCAGCAGCAGGGGCCCCUCCUUGCUGCUGCUCCUGCUUCGACAGCUGCAGCAGCUCAGCAGCAAACAGCGCUUAUGGGGCCCUGGCUGAUAGGGGGGCCCCCAGGGCCUUUGAGCUGCGGAAACAGCAGCAGCAGCAGCAGCAGCAGCAGCAGCAGCAGCAGCGGCUGCAGCAGCUCCAACAAAAUGAACUCCGGCGGCGCGGUGAUGAGCGGGAGCUGCUGAGGGACCGGGACUUUUCCUCCUCUUUUAAUAAGGCCUGGCGCAGCAGCAGCAGCAGCAGCAGCAGCAGCAGCAGCAACAAAGGAGCCACUCAUGUUGUGGGGUCCCUGGGGCAGCGAAUAGAAGCUAUUGCUGCUCCAGUCAAGGCGUUGCUUGCAAGAAGCUAUGCGGUGCAGCACAAGACAGCAGCAGCAGCAACUGCAGCAGCUCCUGCGCCUGCUGCUGCUGCUGCUGCUGCGUCAAGCACCUGCGCGCCCGGCCUGUGGGUGAGAAGCAGCAGCAGAAGCAGCAGGAGCAGCUGCUGCAGCAGCAGCAGCUGCAGCAGCAACAGCAGCAGAUGCAGCAGCCGCCGGAGAAGCCGCCUUGGCGAAGAGCCCUUCCUGGGCACGCCUUUGCUAGGAGGCCCUCCUGCUCAAGAGCAGCAGCAGCAGCAGCAGCAGCAGCAGCAGCAGCAGCAGCACAUCCCCAGUCGGCCUCUGCAGCAGCGUUCUUCCUUCCUUCAGCGCCCCCCUGGAGUACCAGCCCUUGCGCUUAGGCGCAUUGUAACGUAG